GAAAUUUCAAGUUCGACGGAGACAAAGGUUGGAAUACGAACAUCACACACAAAUAUUGCGACGACAACGAAAGCAAAACACCCAAGAUGAGUUACGGGGGGUACGACCUGUACAGGUCGAACACGGAUUCGUCGAUCGAAAAGCCGUCAGAGAGGUCAAGAUGGACGCCACUUACUCGCAUGCUACUGUCGGGUGAAAUGACGCAGGAAAGGCAAAAGGAGCUGAGCCCAAGGGAAAAGUUCGACCGAUGGAUGGUCAACGAAGGCUAUCGACGAAUCUUCGUCUUCGUCUUUAUGGUGCUCCAUGCCAUCGUCUUUGCCUUUGGCUUCGUUAACUACGCCGUCAAAGACAACCUACAAAUAGCGCGGGAUACGUUUGGACCGACAUAUAUGAUUGCAAGAUCGGCAGCGCUGGUUCUGCACGUCGAUGUUGCCCUGGUCCUUUUCCCCGUCUGCCGAACGCUCAUCUCCCUCGCAAGACAGACUCCUCUGAACGGCAUCAUCCAAUUCGACAAGAACAUUACCUUCCACAUCACGACAGCAUGGUCCAUCUUCUUCUGGUCGUGGGUACACACCAUUGCCCACUGGAACAACUUUGCCCAGAUUGCAGCCAAGAACAACCUCGGUAUCUACGGCUGGCUGUUGGCCAACUUUGUCUCGGGCCCCGGUUGGACUGGUUAUAUCAUGUUGAUCGCGCUGACAGGUAUGGUGAUCACUUCGGUCGAAAAGACAAGGCGGGCGAACUACGAGCGGUUCUGGUACACGCACCACAUGUUCAUCAUCUUCUUCUUUUUCUGGUCCAUCCACGGUGCCUUCUGCAUGAUCCAGCCCGACUUCGCGCCUUUCUGCAUUUCCGUCGGCACCACGGCCAUCGGUGUGUUCUGGCAGUACUGGAUGUACGGAGGAUUUGCCUAUCUCGCCGAGCGCAUUGCCCGCGAGGUCCGUGGCAAGCACAAGACGUACAUCUCCAAGGUUGUCCAGCACCCCAGCAACGUGUGCGAGAUCCAGAUCAAGAAGGAGAACACCAAGACCCGCGCCGGCCAGUACAUCUUCUUUUGCUGCCCGGCUGUAUCCCUGUGGCAGUACCAUCCCUUCACCCUCACGAGCGCACCAGAGGAGGACUACAUCUCGAUCCACGUACGUGUCGUCGGCGAUUUUACCAGGCAACUUGCCGAGACUUUGGGGUGCGAAUUCGACAACAAGAAGAAGGGAGACACGUCCAAGGUCGUUGGCGUCAGCCAAGAGAACGACGAAGUUGAUCCCGCUCUCCGCCGUGUUCUUCCCCGUGUGUACGUCGAUGGACCGUUCGGCUCCGCCUCCGAAGACGUGUUCAAGUACGAGGUGUCCGUCCUGGUUGGCGCCGGUAUCGGCGUGACCCCCUUCGCCUCCAUCCUCAAGUCGAUCUGGUAUCGCAUGAACUACCCGCAACAAAAGACGCGGCUGAGCAAGGUGUACUUCUUCUGGGUCUGCAGAGAUUUCGGCUCGUUCGAGUGGUUCCGCUCUCUUUUGUUGGCUAUCGAGGCCCAAGAUGUCGACCACCGCAUCGAGAUCCACACGUACCUGACGGCCAAGAUCAAGAUUGACGAUGCGACCAACAUCAUGAUCAAUGAUGCCAACGCCGAUAAGGAUACCAUUACUGGCUUGAGGUCGCCGACGAACUUUGGUCGUCCGAACUGGGAUAUGAUCUUUAGGGGUAUCAGGAAAUUACAUGCUCCGGGCGAGGCGGGUGUGUUCUUCUGCGGUCCCAAGGGACUGGGCAGCUCGCUGCACAUCUUUUGCAACAAGUAUAGUGAGCCUGGUUUCCACUUUGUUUGGGGCAAGGAGAACUUCUAAGACUUCACCCUUGUUUUUGUCCCUCUCACCCUGUUUACUCAACAACCUCACUAUUGAGGCACGAUUUACUAAAUCAUUCCUGCCUUUUAUGCCAUAGUAUAUGAGCAUGUUUGGACGGGGAUGACUGCGAAAUCUGCUAGUUACCUGUUUUACCUCUUUAUGUGCCAGUUAUACCAAUUAUUGUUUCCAGGUAAUGGAGAAGCUCGAGGUAUUUAGGAAAUUCGAUCAAGAGAGUUUGUAUUGUCAAUGUUACAUGAAAAUAGGACUGUUUCUUUGCAAU